UUGGCUCUAUUCGAAGAGCCAAGUGCGCUUUUUAUUAAUUCCUAUCUUAAAGGUUAUACUACGCCAGGUCCACUCGAACGUGAAGAAAGCAAGCAUGCUAAGGCACAACUUGGAGUUAUGCUCGGUGUUUAUUUGCCAACAAUCCAACAUAUUCUUGGUGUAACAAUGUUUAUACGUCUUUUUUGGAUGGUGGGCAUUGCUGGUGUAAUUCAAACUUUUCUUCUACUCUUCAUCUGCUGCCUUUGUACAUUCUUAACCAGCAUAAGCGUAUCAGCAAUAGCAACAAAUGGUGUAGUAGAAAGUGGGGGUGCAUAUUUCAUGAUAUCAAGAAAUCUCGGUCCUGAAUUUGGUUCAGCUGUUGGUAUAUUAUUUUACUUAGCUAAUACUGUUGCAGCUGCAAUGUAUCUCGUUGGUGGUGUUGAAAUAUUAUUGCUUUACAUAUUUCCUGGUCUAACAAUUGGUGGUACAAGUGUCCAUUCUGAUACAGUAAUGGGUUGGAUGUCUCAUAAUCUACGAUUUUAUUCUACUAUUUUGCUACUUCUAGAAUUUGCAAUUGUUGCUAUGGGUGUCAAAUUCGUACAGCUUUUUGCUCCUAUAUCAUUGUUCUGUGUUAUUUUAUCAAUUCUUGCUUGCUAUGCUGGCGGUAUUGAGAAAACGAUCACAUCAUCUAAUGCACAACACGUGUGCUUUCUGGGAGAGCAUUUGCUACAAGCAAGAGUUGUGCUACCGCCAGAUGCUCCACUUUCAGAUAUUUGUAACUACUUAUCAACUGAAAAUGCAGAUAAUUUGGGACCAAAUUAUGUGGGCAAGGAUGAAUACCUAAAAGGUAAACAAGCAGAGCGAAGUACUGAAGUAUUUCAAGAUGUGAAAACGACAUUUUUCAUGCUACUUGCCAUUUAUUUUCCAGCUGUGACAGGCAUUUUAACUGGAGCUAAUAUGAGCGGCGAUUUAAAGAAUGCUAAUAUUUCGAUACCAGCUGGUACCAUAGCUGCGCAGUUGACAACUUCAUUUAUUUACUUCUCACUUGCAUUAGUUUUUGGUGCCGCAAUUGAUGGCGCUGUGUUACGUGAUAAGUAUGGACAGUCGUUACGAGGAGGUAUGAUUGUCGCUAACUUAGCUUGGCCAACAGAAUGGCUGUUACUUGUUGGAUCAUUUCUAUCAACAUUCGGCGCUGCACUUCAAUGUCUUUGCAGUGCACCACGUCUCUUACAGUCAAUUGCAAAAGAUGAUGUAAUACCAGCCUUGAAACCUUUCGCAAAAGUUACCAGAAAAAAUGAGCCAUUCAAAGGUUUGGUAGUCACAAUUAUUAUAGCAGAAUUAGCCAUUUUGAUGGGUGCAAUGGAUCAGAUUGCUGCUGUCGUUGAUUUCUUCUUUUUAAUGUGCUACGCAUUUGUUAAUUUGAUUUGUGCCUUGCAUUCACUUCUCGGUGCACCUAAUUGGAGGCCACGAUUUAAAUUCUAUCACUGGUCCUUGGCAUUGCUCGGUGCAGGGCUUUGUUUCUUUAUUAUGUUUAGCACUCAUUGGGAUUAUGCUAUCGUUUCAUGCUUGUUAUGUCUCGUCAUAUACAAAUACGUGGAAUGGAAAGGUGCAAAGAAAGAAUGGGGUGAUGGAAUACGAGGUCUUGCUCUCACAACAGCUCAGUAUUCACUAAUGAAAAUUGAUGAAAAAGAUCCACAUGCAAAGAAUUUCAGGCCGCAAUUAUUGUUACUUUUAUCGAUGCCAUGGUCUAAAGAACUUGUUGAUAUGCGCUACUUAAAUUUAAUUAAUUUGGCUUCACAGCUUAAAGCUAGUCGUGGUUUAACUAUUGUUGUAGCAUUCAUACGCGGUAAUCCUCUUGUUAGUGAUGAUAGAAAAAGAGCAGAAGAGGUGAAAGCACGAAUGGAAUUUGAUAUGAAUCAAAUUAGACUGCGUGGUUUUGCAAAAACAUUGAUAUAUGGUGAAACACAAGUAAGAAGUGUGUCAACACUAAUUCAAAGUGUUGGAAUGGGUGGUUUACGACCCAAUACACUUUUAUUAAGCUGGCCAGUUCAUACUCAUGCUAUCGAUUCUGAGUAUCAAACUUUUACAGAUAAACUGCAUGUUGGCUUUGCAACUGAUAUGUGCCUUGUUGUUGCUAAAGACAUUGUUAAUUUCCCUGCUUCGGUAAUUCGUCUUACUGGAACAAUUGAUGUGUACUGGAUCGUGCAAGAUGGUGGCCUAUGCAUACUUAUUGCUUACUUAUUGACUCAGAGCAAAGUGUGGCGAGGAUGUAAACUUCGAGUAAUAGCAAUUGCGCAAGAAAUGGAUAAUAAUACAAAAUUACAAGCUGAUCUUCAAAAAUAUGUUUAUCAGCUGCGGAUCGACGCUAGCAUAAUGGUUGUGGAAUUAUCUGAUCCCAAAAUUUCAAAAAAUGCUUUUGAAAGAACAUUACUAAUGGAAGAACGAACUCGUUAUAUGCAUGAAAUGCGUGAAAUCAAACAGAAAUUAGAUCGAACAUCAAAAAAUGAUAGCAAAAGCAGCGAUACUGAUGCUGGUGAAGAAUCAACAUCGUCAAAGGUAUCACAUGAAAAGAAAAUCUCGUCUGCAGAUGAAAAAGCGCCAAAACAUAACUGUAAGUUAUUUCAGGUGCGUAAGAUGCAUACAGCAGUUCGGCUGAAUGAAUUAAUUCUCGCAAAUUCUCCUGAAAGUCAACUAGUGCUGCUGAAUUUACCCAAACCACCGGUUGCAAAAGAAGGUCUUGAUGACUACAUGCAUUAUCUUGAGGCACUGUCUGAUAAAAUACCUCGCAUUCUAUUCAUACGGGGAACAGGAAAAGAAGUAAUUACCACGUAUUCUUGA